AUGCUGACGGCAAGUACCGUUAUGUCCUGGUGGGAUCCUACUGUAUGCCAAGGCUUGAAGGGUACAAGGACGUGGACAUUGGCCCAGUACACCCAGAAGCCGAUGGAGAACGUGAUCCAAGUCCAGUACACCCAGAAGUCGAUGGAGAACGUGAUCCAGGUCCAGUACACCCAGAAGUCAAUGGAGGACGUGAUCCAGGAGGAGGAAUCCGAACCUUUUCCAGAAGAAGAUCGGAUGGAUUUGGAUCAAAAGAACGAGGACUAUAGCAAGAUGUACAAGGAAGUCUUUGACCAGGUGGGCGAUGAGAUGGAGUUUCAAACCUUGCUCUAUGUGGUACCUUUGAGGUCGCGGCAAAAGGUUGAUGUGAACGCAGCCAUGAGGCGGAUGUACCUACAAGUUCGUCAGGAAGGACAUCCCAUCACCCGUGUCCACUCGGACCGCGCGAGAGAAUUGAAAUCUUCGGCUCUCCGGCAAUGGCUCUACGAGAAGGACGUUUGGAUCACUACUGGUGAAUCACAGACACCCCAACAGAACGGAAGAGCCGAGGCCAUGGUCAAGAGCGUGAAGAAGUAUGCGAAGGUGCUGUUGGGAGCUUCGUCGUUACCGAGAGAAUGUUGGCCUUUGGCAAUGAGUUAUGCUGCUCAACGUCAAAGAAAGCGGGCGCUGGGACAGCCUACCACCAAGGACCCCACCUUUGGAGUCGGGGUUGCAGUAAAGACAAAGGUCUUUGGAACUGGGGGGUCCUAUGAUCUGGACCCUCGGUGGGGUGAAGGCCGGUUUGUGGGCUACAGCAGCGAUGUGAAGAAUGGCUUGGUCGUCAGGUACGAUGAUGGCACCUUCGUUACGAGUUGCCAUGUCCGAGAAGGUUUGGUUGAUGCUGAAGCCCUUGCAGAUGGCAGCCCGGUGGAAGUCGAGCUGCCAGUGCCUGAAAGGAGGUUGAGAACAAAGGCCCGGCUAGCACUGAUCACCAACCCGUACGAGGACAUUGAAGCCUACGCGAAGGAGCUGGAUGUUGAGGAGAUGUAUGAGCCCGGAGACGUGUUGAACCUCUGGGAGAAGUUGAAAAGCAUUCCGCGACCAACGAGAAGAGGCAUGAAAUCCAUGGUGGUCAAGGACAACGGAGGUUCCUUCUAUGCGGGUUGCUACACACAUGGCGGCGUUUGUGGCAUCAUGAAGCUGACAAGGCAGCUACCGAAUGUCACUGCGUACCUGGUGAAGGCAGCAAAGGAGAUGACCGGGAGCGGCGACUUUGGGAGUGUGGCCGUGGUAGAAAAUGUGAGUAUGGCCCCGCACCGUGACAGCCACAACCAAGAGGGAACGCUUAACACCGUGACGGCCUUGACUGACUUCAACAAUGGUCAGGAGUUCUACAUGAAUUGGCUCCAGGGAAGGCAGUAUCAUUUCCUCCAGGACAAUGGCAUCAAACAGAGCCAUGGGAAGGCCGAGCGAAAGGAAGCGACAUGCUGUCUGAAGGGCAUUAUGUGUGAACCUUCGGAGAAUCCGGAAGUUGAGGACAUAGAAAGGCACCUCAGUGAACUUGAAGGAGAACUACAAGUGGUCUUGAAUGUGCCUCUGGAUCAAGUCAAAAGGAACAUCCAGGUGUGGCUUCCAGCCAUUGACAAGGAGCUCGAGGUGCUGUUCAAGAAGGGAGGAAAUGCCACGUUGAGAAAGAUCCCCUUGAAGGAAGCGAAGGAACGUGAACGACGAGGUGAACUCACUAUCGUGCCAAGCAAGCUUGUGUUUACAUGCAAGCCCCCAAAUCAGGGAGCAGCACCCAAGACCCAGGAUGGUGCAACGCCAAAGGAAAGCAAGGCAAGAUGGAGGAGGAAGUGUCGUCUUGUUUUGUGCGGCAAUUUUGCCGAAAGGCCAGAGGGACAAAGCCAAGCCGAGCUCUACGCAGCAGGAGCCUCAGCAGACUCCAUGCGAGUAGCCCUUACCCUGGCGAGUGUUUGCUAUUGGGCAGGGGCAGGCUCCGACAUCAAUGGAGCCUUUCUUUUGGCUCCUUGGCCAAAGCACAUGAGGAGAUACGCGAUAGUCCCGGCGAAGACAUUGAUCAUCGCACAAAGAGCUUCCGAGGAUGAAGCAUGGGAAGUCGACCGCGCACUAUACGGCUUGAGAGAAAGCCCGGCUGUGUGGAGUGACUUUAGAAGGCAGCGGCUCAAAGCAGCGAAGGUACCGUGGAAGGACGGUCAUCUGGUGCUCAAGGCCACUAUAGUCGACCCGGAGGUUUGGAUGAUCCUUUACUGCGUCGACGGGGCCUCGGAUGUGCUGGCGGGCGUCUUGGUCACCUAUGUCGAUGACCUGUUGUAUCUGGCGGAGGAGCAGGUCAUUGUCACCGUGCACGCAUGGCUUUGUGAAGAAUGGCCGAGCAGCCCCCUGGAGUGGACUACAGAUGGGACAAAGUACCUCGGGGUCGAGAUUGUGCAAAAGGAAGGACAUUUUCUGAUCUCACAACGUGGAUAUUUGGAAAGUUUGGUGAGAAGUUAUGACUUGGAGCCUGGAGAACAUGUACGCCUACCGUGCCCUCGAGAAUGGUUGGUCGAUGAUGGUGAUGACGAACAGACCACCGAUCAGGAGGAGUACACCCCUGAAGAGCUAAAACGGGCUCAGAAGGUGACGGGCGAACUCCUUUGGGUCACAAGGGCAAGGCCUGAUAUCCUGUUUGUGGUGACGAUGAUGGCAUCAGCAUUGACCAAACGUCCAUGCCAUGUUUACCGAGUGGGCAUGAAGGUGAUGGCGUACUUGGCGGCAUCUGUCGAAGUGCAACUACAACUCGGAGGAAUCCAUGCGCUGAUCAGCGAGAUCGUCAGCGAGGAAGUGCCUCAGGCUUUGUACGUGGACAACAGUGCCUCAGUAAGAUGCUCUUUCAUCACCGACAUGGUUCAGAAGGGCGAGCUGAUGGUGAAUCACAUCAGUGGACGGUUUCAGUUGGCAGACUUGCCAACAAAGCUACAUGGAAAGGUUCGUCUCGCUGAGCUUAUGGGCCUUUGGGGAUUCGUUGGCGGUCCCUUGGCAGGAAUCAACGACAAGGUGAAGAUCGAGGAGCUGGAUCGCGAGUGUCUGAGAAGGGAGAUCGAGGUCGAGACCAGUGCCUGGCGCCGACCGUUGAAGGCCGUUGCCAGUGAUCCAGUGCCAAUCCCCG